AUGAUACAGAAUAUUGGAAAAUACUUGGUCAGUUUUAUUGAGGUAGCUGUGGUCUUGUGCUUAUCGCUCCUCCAAUCUUUGAUCAAAUAUCACUUUUCUCUUAACUCACAACUCACGGCUCAGAGAGUUGAUGACCCUCUCUAUGAGAAUUUGAGGGAUGAAGAGAAUGGACAUAUGAGUAGAUAUGAAGAAGAUAAUGGAAAGAAAGGAGGAAAAGAUCCAACCUUGCUCAGCGGGAUGGCCAAGCAGAACACACAUCUAUUGGAUUUGGACAGAAUCGACAGAUACGUAGAUACGAAGAACAUGAAUGAAAUGAGUAAGGUUUUAGAUGAAAAUCCCGCAAAAUCAAUUUCAACCGUGUAUUCCGAAGCCCGCAUUUCAAACAAGUAUAACAAGGUCUUAUAA